AUGGAUCCGGCCUCCAUCGUUGGCGUUGCGGCUGCAGCCAUCCAGUUCUUAUCCUUUGCCACAUCGGUCAUGACGGGUGGUUGGCGCGCCAUCUCAUCAUCAAGAGAUCUCCCCAUUCAAGCCACCGAUUUGGAGGCAGCCUCAGCCCGCUUCAAAGAGAUGAUACAGCGUCUUACCAGACAGCUUGAGGCUCUAGAAUCGAAAGGCGCACAGCUGUCUGAGAUGGAGUUGCUGCUCCGGGGCGUCUGCGCGGAUUGCCGGUCUAAAGCACACGAAUUACAUGAUGCUAUUUCUGCACUGGCGCAGAGCCUCGGCCGCGAAAAACGGAUGCAGUCGCUUUGGCAAGCAUUGAAAGAAGAGCUCGGGCUAGGACGUGUCGAGUACCUUGCCGAUACCCUAUCAAAGCAUCAACGUGCCCUUUUUUCUGUCACCAUAUCUUGUCUUUGGGAGGACGCCAAACGAACCCAAAGUACUUUUGACGAAAUGCGCAAGCAGAUGGCAGAUUUCCAUGAUGCCAUACUUACCUCAAGGCAGAAUGAGCCAGGCCAGUCAAAGAGACCGCCCCGCGGCCAGGAUUCCACCAUCGACGAACUGUGGGAGGCAAGAUCUGCCCUGAAUGCCAUCGAUUGGGAACAUAAAGGCCUAUCUCGACUUCGGCAAGAGGUCAUGGAUGACAUGUCAGACGGACGAUGGCGUCCCAAGUCGAUGGAUAUCACUCAAGCCAAGACUCCAAAGUAUUUACGGUUGGCCAAAGACAUCCUGCGCUCACUCAACUUCGACCACAUGUACAAGCGGCACGACGACAUCUCCAAACCAUUUGAGUCCACAUUUAAAUGGAUCUGGCACGGGGAGCCAACGGUGGCAAAGGACACUGGGAGACCAAGAUGGUCUAGUUUCCCGGCGUGGCUGGAGGGGUCUGGGGCAACCGCGUACUGGGUGACCGGCAAGCCAGGCUCUGGCAAAUCUACUCUCCUGAGGUCUAUCGAAGACCACGAUAAUCUACGCUCCGACCCACAAAAGUCAAUCGACGGUCUUGUCCGAACCAUUCUAUCGCAAGCUCUCAAAGACUCGCCAGAUCUUCUUCCGCUGGUCCUGCCCCGGCGAUGGGCAUUUGAAACAACCCUCUGGGGCUCGAACUAUCCCAGUGACUGGGAAUUUGAGGAUAUGGCUAGCCUGGAAGAAGGCCUUGGCUGUUUUCUUUCAGAGUCCCAGUCUCGCAUGAAGCUGAUGAUUCUAGUUGACGGUCUUGAUGAGUUCAAUGUUGCGCCAAAGGAACUCAUCAAGACUAUUGAGUCUAUCAGCAGACACGGAAACGUCAAGCUCUGCGUCGCUAGUCGGCCCUGGACAGAAUUCCGGGAUCGUUUCGGGCUCUGCCCUCAGCUCGAAAUUCAUAAUCUGACGGCAGGUGACAUUCAGACAUACAUCUUUGAACAGUUCCAAGCAUGUCCAGCUUCACUAGAGAGACCGGCAGUAGUGGCACAUCUCCGAGAGAAAAUCCAGGAGCAGGCUGGCGGUGUGUUCCAAUGGGUGACGGUGGUUGUCAGCUUCCUUCUUACAAUGUUGUCAGAGGGCGACUCCUUGAGCCUGCUUCUCGGCACCUUGAAUCGACUUCCAGAGGAGCUGUCAGACUUAUACACGGCCAUAUGGGGUAGGAUUUCGUCGCUACGAAGAACGCAGGCCCAAGACAUUUUUGUGCUCCAAUCCGCCGCUCAUGUUCAAAGCCUCCAUUUUUUGGUCCUCUGGGCUGUCAAUGAGCGACAUUCUACGGAACCAGGCCUCCUCAUGGAAACCGCCAAAGACCCUGAAAGCAUCAGGAAGAGCGUUAUGCGAACACUCCACAGCCAUACUCUGGGGCUACUCGAGCUUGAUCCAAGGGGAUUCGUGAGUUUCCUCCACCGAACCGUCCCUGAGUGGCUCGACAAGAUGAAUGUCCUGCGAGACUCUGCUCUACAGCCAGAUCUGGCUUUCCUUCAGGGGCUCUGUAAUUUGGGCGGUCACAUACCAGCAAAAUUCAAACUUUUUGACCAUGUGCUCUGGGGCGAGCACCUCCAGAAAACUAUCAGCUACCAUACAUCCAAGAUCGCGGCCCAACCCAGCCUCCCGGCGAAGAUGACGGAGGACGCCGUGACUUGGCUCGAGCAAUUAGAGAAGGAUCUUGACUUCUCCAUCGUUUGGGAUGCCUGCCAUUAUCUUUAUGAUGGUGGGCGUGGCUCAAUUGUCCAUGCCGCCACAUUCAUCAACAUGAUUGCCGCUUGCGGAUUCACCCCUUUCGUCACGAAACAUCUCCAAAAUAACCAAGGCUCGCCAUCAGACACCCUAUUCUUCUUCUGUAUGCAUCGGCCUUUACAGUAUGUAUCCCAACACACCUUCGACUUGCCGGAGACCCCCCUGGAACCUCGCCUAGGUCUCUUGAGACUCUGUUUGCAGUAUGGCAUGACCCCACACCGUCUUGUGGAAGAUCGCGGGGCCGGUAGUAUUCAUGUCUGCAGCCUAAAGGAUCUGGUGAGCGAUGCCCGCACUAUGUCCAGGAGACAGUCGUUGCAUCCUGAGAACCACCAGUACUACACCUUGGUUGCCGAUACGCUGGAAGAGUGGAUGUGGAAUGAGCGGAUGAAGAUUAACUGGCCUAGAAUGAAGCUGCAACCGGGAUGGAAGCAGAGACUCAAUCCUUCCGGGACAUUAUUCAUGUUUCAAAGAAGCAAGUAG